CAACAGCCACAGGCGGACACAGUCCUCACUCCUCAGCGGCUCAGCGCAGAGGUCUCGUUCGUGCGGUGUCCCCUGCUGCCGCCCAUGCCGCUGCGGCGCGGCGGAGCCCUCCCUCUCAGCGCCCCGCGGGCGGCAGCCGGUGGCCUCCGCGGAGGCGGCGGCCGUGGUGCCGCGCUUCUCCACCCGACCUGCUUGUCGCCGCCGGGAACAACUGGCCGAGCCUUGGGCCUCAGUUGCCAGAUGAAAAGAACCAGAUGGAAGCCAGUCUUUGCCUUGGAAACAGGUGGACCAUCUAACGCUGACAACCAAGAUUUCGAAGAUGAUGGUGGCUUUCUUGGCAGAACAAGGCUGGGAAGACUCAUCCAGGCUGCUGCGAGGGAACUACUUGAAAAACUGAAUUCUGCCAGGAACAAAUCCCCCACAAAGAUUUUCCUUGUGCUCCUUGGCUUCUAUACCGCCAAUGCAUUGGCAACAGUCCUGGGGCAGACUGGUGACUGGGAUGUUUUUGUUGCUGCUAUUGUAGUGGCUACCAUUGAGGGAAUUGGCAUGCUCAUGUACAGAAAACCGGCCAGUAGGCCUCCUGGACGAUUUUGGUCAAUGAUCACAAUGGUGAACUACUGGAAAGCCGGCGUAUGUCUGGGCUUUUUUGUGGACGCGUUCAAAGUGGGAAGCUGAGUUUCCAAAUCACCUUCUUAUAUGUACUUACAAGAUUUAUUCAGCUGACAAUGAUACAACGAGUGAACUCCAAGGGUCGAAGCUGCUCCUGUGGUGUUGUAUGCAGAUAGAUAUGCUGUGAACUUUACUUCGGCUAUAAAAUGUACAUAUGAUGUAGUCUUGUUUUGUAUGAAAUUCAUGUAGAUAUAUUAUACUCUAGUUUGAUGCCCAUCUGUUCCUAUAGACAAAUAAUGAAGCCUGUUGUAAGAUGACUCUGUAGUUGGCUAUGUCCACACCAGGCACACUAUUUAAUUAGCUACUUGUCUUAUUGACUAUUUUCCAAAAGGUUAUGUUUUCUUGCUAGCUAGUCUCUCCUGUUCAAACAAUGACUGAACCAGGACAUAUGUAUACAGUCGCUUCUGUUUUGAAUUUCACUUAGUUGGUUGUAAUAAUUUUAUUUUGAGCUAUAGUGCUAACCAGGACAUAUGUAUACAUCACUGCCUAAUUUUGGCCUAAA